AUGGUUGAUCUCGAGGCAUCCCACCGGGGCCAAGGCCAACAUCAAGACCAACUCCCGGAAAUCUUCAUCGAGACCGGCACCGGAUCGCAGACGGCAAAGCCGUUUCUGGCACGCGCCCGUCUCGACUCGAAGCCGCGACAUCCUUCACCAACCUUCGCUCCCCACCGGGGUCAUUUGUUCGACCGCAUCCCCACCGUCAUCGGGCCGCAUCCGAUCGUCAAGCUUUGGGAGGCCAAGCUUGAGGGCCGCGACAAGACAAUUUGCGAGAUGAUGACGGCCAUUAUUCAGGAAGGAUCGCCUUCCGCGAUCGUGGUUCUCAGAAACGGGUUUGUCUAUGCGCCUGACGAGGAGCAAUAUCCAACAAUCCAUCUCUUCGUUCGUGAGGACACAAUGACGAUGGACCAGGCAGCCAAGAUGGCUUCAAAGGCUGCCAACUAUAUCUUCCAGUUCGAGCCGCUGCGAGAUUUGUCCGUCGAGGUACUGGAAGGCACGUUCGGACACCAUACAUCCAGCACCACGGAACUUCGUUCCCUGAGCUAUUAUCACUCGUUUGAGCAGUCUUUCAAAGAUACUCUCACACCAGGUGUCGGACUAGGCCUUUCGGAUCGUUCAGACGGAACCGCCACACUUGGAUGUUACAUCAAGCUGGUCCUCCGCCCUAAGACAUGCCCAGAAGGCCAAGCGCCGAAGGAGGAGACUGUCUGGUUUGCCUUGACGGCCCAUCACGCCCUAAGUGUCCUCAAUACCAAGCAACAGACUGGUGCAACGCUCACUGCAGAGGAGGAGUACGAGCUACAACGCUUCAAUGCGAACACCCGACUCACAGGAUUUGAUCCUCAUCUAGGCACAGUUUACUGUGCUUCUGGCCAUUCGUCAUCAAUCUGCUCUCCAGGUCAACUAUGGCCCUCUAGCACGAUCCUCCAUGACUGGGGUCUUGUCAAGUUACACCCCAAGCGAGCCCAGGGCCUUGGCCAAAUGACCAGCGGUCUGACUUUUCCUGAAAUCAGCGAGUUCAAGAAUAUCAUUGGCAGCGUUCAGAAGACUCGCUAUCUUCAACCACACAACGGCAUCUCUCCGAUCGACGAGCUGAAGCAGGGACUAGGAGCCCAGGGUAGCAUUGAGAGAAUGGCUUUCAAGAUUGGCAGCACCACAGGACCAACCUGUGGCGCAAUCAACGACAUUGACGCCAGAGUCUUCGGCUCCCAUACGUACAACCAGGAACAGGACACAUGUGAACUAAGCGGCUCAACUAUCCUCCUUGUUUCGCCGUUAGGCUCCAAAAGCUCAUGCUACUCGGGCGCAUGUUUCGGUGCUCCUGGAGAUUCUGGAAGCAUGGUCUACGACUACCAGGGCAGAUACCUAGCUUGUUACUGGGGAGGCCAGUUCAAGGUGGGACCUCGGAACCCCUUCCCAUCCUCUGCCGAUGGCAUCCAUUUCGCUCAGCGGAUUGAUACCAUCUUCGAUGGUAUCGAGGAGAUGAUUCACAAUGAUCCUGCGUACGAGGGCUAUGAGAAGGAGCUUGUAUUUUUUCCGAAGGCUAGUAUGAGCCACAUGGGCAUGGAGGAGAUAUCGUAUCUCCCCAAAUGGAUUAUUCGACUGCUUGAGGGAGUUUCUAGCCUGGGUGGCUUCUUUUUCUCUUUCCGUAAUGGCCUCUAG